GGGAGUGCCUAGAGGAGGCCUGCUCGUAUGAGGAGGCCCGCGAGGUCUUCGAGGACACGGAGAAGACGGUAAGGGGCGGCGCGGCCAGGACGCACUUACAGGGCUGCGGGGGCUUCUGAAGCGCUGUCAGGUCCACCUUAAAACGCAAAAUGUUUAUCUAAGAACGCGCUGUCGGCCUCGGCAGUGCACAAGGACCCCAGGCCCCGGCGCUUCGCCCACUCAGCCGCCGCCAUACUCGCCAAAGGGCUCUGGUCCUGAGACCGCAGGGUGGGUCGGUGCGCAGGCGCAGGACGAACGCGGCGUCGAGGCCCCGUUCCGUGCCUGCGCGGCGGCGGCGGCGGCGGCGGCGCGAAAGCACCCGCCCCUCCCCGGAAGAGGUGGGGCCUCCGAUGCUGCCCCGGAAGUUUCUGAGGUCCGUUAGCCACCUCCCGUCGUGCUGUCGUGUGGCACUUUGCGUCAGGCCGUGGCGCGGCUUGGCUGCGGUGCAGGGGCCGAGGUGGAGGUGGACGGCCGCGAGCCAAAACUGAGCAACCGCGAGCUGAAGACGCCUGAAGGCUGAGGAGAAAGUGGCGGAGAAGGAGGCCAAGCAGGAGCCCACGAGAGACAGCCUGGCCGCAGAUGGCGGACCUGUCCACACCUCGGACAGCGGGCCCGUCCACACCACGGGCCCGCAGUGGAGUGUCCAGCGGAGUCUGGGCGCUGGGGGACCCGUGCCACACAGGCUCAUGUAGACUCCCACCUGCUCGCGGCAGCCUGGACGCCACCGGCCUGGCUCACCUUAAAGGUGGCAGAAGAGCUGUGCCCUUGGAGGACAGGUCCACUUACAAGCCAUGGCUGAGUGGAGAAAUGUUCAGUCGGAAGAAGAAUUUACUCAAGUCUAUAGCAGACUGCCUUGUGGAGUCCAGAGAAUCCUGGGAAGAACGAGGAGCAGAGCCGAGAGUCCCUCAGCUCCACAGACUCGCAUUACUGUCUUCUUGCUUCCAUGGGCACCUCAUCCCCCUUUGGCCGAAAGGCGAGGAAAGGCGGUAUCAUCGGAGAUUCUGACUCCAGCCAGAGUGACUUUGUGAGGAAGAAGUGUGUCCCGCACGCCAAGAUGAUCAUGUGUAGAAUAAGUUUCUUGGAAGAGUUGGGGUUCCUAGAUGAACUUCCCAUGCUGAAUGCCGCUUCACGGGGAGCUGUGACCAAGCUUUCCAUCACCUGGCACAGCAAGUUGGACAUGAACUACGUGUAAGAACUGCUCCAGAACUCCAACUGUAAAAUGCUGGUAGUUGGUGGCAUUGACUGCGUUUGUGAUGUUGGAUGCCAGUUCCAGACGGUUUGACUCGAACUCACCACUCGUGAGUUUUACCUGGCCGAUUAUGAUCUCGUGAAAUCAUGGAUAUCAUAUCAGGGAUGCUGAACAUGUUAUGGGCAGUUACAAGACCACCCACCACCCAGUCAGCCCAGCAGGCCAAACCCAUGAGAUGGACUCCACCCCACCCUUCUGGAGAAUGAGCACAGUAGAAGGGCUCAAGAAAAACCUGGGAGUGAAGCUGCCGGAAACUAACCUCUUCAGAACGGAAGAGACUGAAAAAAUUAUUGAUCACAUCUGUGUCGCAAAAACUGCUGAAUGUCCUCAACCUUAGACCACGGGCAGACUCCUUGCUAAACUUGUCAGAGUCCCUGAAAGUGGCUUGCAGCAGUGACCCACUCAUCGGUGAUCGCCCACAGAUAACGGCCAGACAGACUGCUCUGGGUCUCACUGAGCAGAUUGAGCUGCUUGUCAUGAGGAGGGAAGUGUGCGGUGCUUACACUGGGUUACAUAGUCCCAUACAGCAGCCAGAGGCUUUUAAACAACAGGCCAGAGCCACCAACGAGGAUGAUGUUCAUAGAUGAAAACUUCUAUACCGCCUGGAAUCCAGGCUGCCCCCCCAUCUGGCUGUGGCAUGGACAUUGGCUGCAUCACCGUGUUUCUCACAGUCUACGGUAACAUCAAGGAAGUACUUCUGUUUCCUGCCAUGAGACCUGAAGAUGGUGACCAGUGUGAAAGCCGUCCUUGCCUGAAUCAGGGCAUAUGUAAAGAUGGCCUCGGGGAAUACACAUGCACCUGUUUAGAAGGAUUUGAAGGCCAAAACUGUGAAUUACCCACGCGUGAGCUCUGCAGCCUGGACAACGGGGGCUGCGACCAGUUCUGCAGGGAGGAGCGGAGCGCGGUGCUGUGCUCGUGCGCCAGCGGGUACGACCUGGGCGACGACGGCAAGUCCUGCGUCUCCACAGAGCCCUUCCCCUGCGGGAAGCACACCCGGGGACGCGGCAGGCGGUCGGCCGCCCACGGCAGCGGGGAGGCCCCUGAAGCAGGCGUGCCGGAGCAGUACGACCGCGGAGACCUGGGCCCCACCGAGAGCUCCCUCCACCUGCUGGGCCUCAACGGGGCAGAGCCCAGCCCCACGGAGGACGAGAGCCACCUGAUCCGGAUAGUGGGCGGGAGGAACUGCGAAGACGGGGAGUGCCCCUGGCAGGCUCUGCUCGUCAAUGAGGAGAACGAGGGCUUCUGCGGGGGCACCAUCCUGAGUGAGUUCUGUGUCCUCACCGCGGCCCACUGUCUCCUGCAGGCCAAGCGGUUCACGGUGAGGGUAGGCGACCGGGACACGGAGAAGGAGGAGGGCAACGAGAUGGCACACGAGGUGGAGGUGACCGUGAAGCACAGCCGGUUCGUCAAGGAGACUUACGACUUCGACAUCGCGGUGCUGCGGCUCAAGACGCCCAUCAAGUUCCGCAGGAACGUGGCGCCCGCCUGCCUGCCGGAGAAGGACUGGGCCGAGGCCACGCUGCUGACCCAGAAGACGGGCGUCGUCAGUGGCUUCGGGCGCACGCACGAGCGGGGCCGCCUGUCGUCCACGCUCAGGAUACUGGAGGUGCCCUACGUGGACAGGAACACCUGCAAGCUGUCCAGCAGCUUCACCAUCACCUCCAACAUGUUCUGCGCCGGCUACGACACGCAGCCCGAGGACGCCUGCCAGGGCGACAGCGGCGGCCCCCACGUCACCCGCUUCAGGGACACCUACUUCAUCACUGGCAUUGUCAGUUGGGGCGAAGGGUGCGCGCGGAAGGGGAAGUACGGCGUCUACACCAAGGUCACCAACUUCCUCAAGUGGAUUGACAAGUCCAUGAAAGCCGGGCUGGGGACAGGGGACGGGGGGGAGCCGCGCCCCCAGUGAAGCCCCCCACUGCCCCUCGCAGCCCCUGCCUCUCCCUCCUCUCAGCACCGGGGCUCUGAGCCGGCCUCCCUCCCCGCCGUGAUUAGAGCUGGGUUGAUUCCUUA